UGGUUAAGAGAUUUGCCAGCAGCUGCAGCAAGACGGCGAAUUGGGAGAAGCACGAUCACAAGUGAGAUCACAAGGAUUGGGAUUGGACACGCACAGAAUGGAUUCGCGACUGGGUCUGCUCAUAGCCCUGCUGCUGGCGGCCUUUCAGGCCUUUGCUCUGGAAGCGCCGACGAAUUCCAGUUCCACGGAGAGCGGCCUUCUGCGGACGGUGCGUCAUGUGUACGGACAGUGUGCGGACAGCGAGGACAUCUUCUGGUGCUGCAAGAUCCAGGGCGCCCGCCUGCUGGGCCGCGCCCUCAAGGUGCAGCAACUGGGGAUCGUGGAUGGCGUGAGCUUGGUGCGGCGCGAGUCCUCCGGCCAGGAAACGCGCAGUGGCCGCUCCAGCUUGGCCGAAAGCCAGCUGAGCAACCGCGACCUGGAGCACAUGUCCGGGAAGAGCUUGGAUGCCCUGCUGCUGGAGCGCUUCCUCAACUUCGUGCACAGCCACCAGCUGCAGGUGAACCUGCCGCGCUUGCUGCGCUUUGGCGAGCGAAAUGGCCAGGACUGGCUGCAGCACCUGCUCGGUUUCUUCCUGCCCGCCAGCGAGAGCGAGGGUCGCAAGAAGAAGGACGACAAGAAGUAUCUGGGGCCCUUCAUCGCCGCCGUCCUGCUGAAGACGGCCAUCCUGAAGAUGGCCUACCACUCGAUCGCCAUCGUGGCGGGCAAGGCGCUGAUUGUGGGCAAGAUCGCCCUGAUUAUCAGCGCCAUCAUUGGGCUAAAGAAGCUGGUGGGCCACGACGGCGGCGAGAAGACCACCUACGAGAUCGUCAAGCACCCGCAGGUGCAGCAGAGCCACACCUACUCGUCCAGCCACCAGGGCGAGUACGACACGGGCGGCCACGAUAGCGGAUCCUAUCACCGCAGCAUCGACGACGAGAUGAUGAUGCAGGACAAGGCCUAUCAGGCCUGGAUGCCCCAGGUGAGCGCCUCCGCCUCGCCCGCCGCCCAUGGGUCACGAUAAGUGUCGCAGAGGUUGUCCCGGGGUCAGCUGCUCUACAACCAAAGAUCCCAAGAACCCCCGCUUAGUCCAAUCUAUAUGAAAUUGUAUUUACACUCGACAGCCCUCCAGUUUAAGUUUAGUUAUCGUAGUUAUUAUGUUAUUACCACAGAGCAUUAAAGAACAUUAAAAGAAUAGUGU